AUGAAAUAUUUUUUUUAUGUCUUUUUUUCUUUUUUUGAGAAUGCAGGUUCAAAUGCGGCAUACAAUGUAUCAAGGUUUAUAGCUUGGAAUGUGAGAGAAAAACAUUGCUGUGCUGGGUUACAACCCAGUUCAUUGAAGCAUUGCAUUGAAACAUCUAUAUCCUACCAGAGACCAAAUAAAAGAUUCCUGGUUAAUGCUGCUGAUGGACAACCUCUUGAAUCGGAGCCAAAAAAUGUUUUGAACUCCGUUAAAGAUUCCUUGGAUGCUUUCUAUAGGUUUUCUCGGCCACAUACAGUCAUAGGCACGGCAUUGAGCAUAGUCUCAGUUUCCCUACUUGCAGUCGAGAAGCUUACAGACUUUUCACCAUUAUUUUUUGCUGGGAUGUUGGAGGCUGUUGCAGCUGCCUUCUUAAUGAACAUUUACAUUGUUGGUUUGAAUCAGUUGUAUGAUAUUGAUAUAGACAAGGUUAACAAGCCAUAUCUUCCGUUGGCGUCAGGGGAAUAUUCAAUUCAAACUGGUGUCAUGAUUGUCACAUCCUUUUUUGUUCUGAGUUUUGGCCUUGGAUGGAUUGUUGGGUCAUGGCCAUUAUUUUGGGCCCUAUUCAUCAGUUUUGCAUUGGGAACUGCUUAUUCAAUCAAUGUGCCCCUUUUGAGAUGGAAGAGAUCUGCUUUAGUUGCAGCAAUGUGCAUUCUCGCAGUUCGAGCAGUGAUUGUUCAACUAUCUUUUUUUCUUCACAUGCAGGUUAUGUUAUAUCUAUUCCUCUUGUUGCAAGCCAAGUUGAACUUUGGAUGUCUCUUUCUACUCAUACUAUGCAUGAUCCAAACAUUCUUAUUUCUUGUGCCCAAAGCUGAUUGUCUUUUAAUAAAAAUAAGUUUUCAUUAUGCCAUUUAUUGUAUGGAUAUAAACUAAAAAUAACUAAAUCAUGCAUGACAUAGAUAUUAAGAAUGUAAAUGAAAAGGAACAUGUAUCAUAUAAAUAGA